AUGCAUCAGCGCGGGUGCCAGACUGGUGCAUCAGUGGCAAGGCGGCCUCCAAUUCGUACGAAAAGAGCACUCAACGUUGCGGUGAGGGACGCAAAUUCCAACGAUGGCUAUAAGGGGAAUCAGCGGGGCGUGAAGCGUACAUAUGCUGACGAUGAAGCAGCAUGGGAGGCGUCUUUAUGGGGAUGCAGUGUGAAAACCCCGAGUAAUGAAGAUGGAAUCCAGAAGGUGCUGAAAAGCAGUGAACCAGCACCUCAGGAGAGUCCUUGUAGGGAUCCACUUCAGAGUGCCGGACGAACUGUGGGUCAGCAACUCGGCAGCAAGUUGUUCAUAUCGGGGAGUUCCUUUUGUGAAGCCUACCGUAACACAGAGUUAGAUGGAGCUGAGGAGGCAGAGAUUCGUGCGGAAAUUCUGGAUGGCGUCCGCCAGCUACUUCGAGAUGAAUCGGAAGUUGACUGCCUCGUUCGGCUGUGCACUCUCUUAAAAGAAAAGAAUGUUGCACUUAUGGAACGUGCAAUCCACCGCAGGGGAGUCUCGGAGUGUGCAGAACUGCUCGAAGAAACCUUGAAACUUGAAGCCAGUGGUGGGAUGCUGACAAACGACGGAAGGCGUCGCACGCCAGGUGGUGUUUUCUUGCGCUUGCUGCAGGAUAGGGCGGCGGCAGACAAGGCGUACUUGGGUGUGUCUUGUUUCCUCAUGCCAUGCUAG